UGCCAUUUAUGAACUACCAUUUAUCGGGUAGUUGGUGCUAUGUUUUGUAUUUAGCCACGACUGGGUUUUUUGUUCUACAUAGCAACAGGCCAGGGCAUUCGUUUUGUCGAUUGUUAGCUAAUGAUUGCCUGUUAUAAUCAAACCGAAUCAAUCGAAGUGUUACAAAUUUUGAUAACUGGAACAAACAUUGACUUUUAAUGCUGUGAAAAGGAAUAACUAUUAAGUGUUUAUUGUGGGAAUGGCCCUAGACUGUUAGUGACAAUCGUUUAAGAACUCUAGUGAUUAUUGAAUAAGUGACAGGAUAGUUAAUAAGACAAUUCUGACUUUUGUAGAACUACCCCGGCCGGAAGUGUGACCCCAGGAGUGACCCCAUCUAUAAGAACACCGAGACAGACACCAGGAGCAACCCCAUUUUGAAGAAGAUGACAGACGACAGAUCAAAAUCCGCUAAACGUCACAAUAAACUAUACCGUACCCCACCCACUCCUCCGCCAGGCGAGCUUAUGAAGGAGGAACGCGGGUUUGUUUUAGACUGCCAAGCAGUCAGCAGUAUAUCUUCUGACUUUUCUAAGGCUAAUCCUAAACUAGGGCCAGUUAUUCCUCCUUAUAACGCGCAAAAGGAUGACCACGUGUCAAAUUAUUUUAAAUUCCAAGGGGUUAAUAAAACGCUCGGGAAGACGGGACAGGCGUAUCCGGGCACAUCAAUAGAUGGUCAUGUGAUGGACUAUUUUGAAGAAAAGGGACCAGGCUUUCAGUAUACGAACCUCAGGAACGAAGCUGGUGCUGGUCAUUCGAGUGAAUUACGCGACGGACAUGCGCAAUUUAUGCAAGGAAUCAAACCUGCAAUUGGCUACAACGGACAAUAUGGCUUCAGAAGAAAUACACCAUGGCUUCGGCAAAGUCCGUCACCUUUUGGCACGGCGAGCAGAUCUCCAGCACAUGAAAUUACUGUAGUGCCACGUACUUCCGGGAAAACAGUGCAAGCCAAAUAAACAAUUCCAGCGUUGUUUUUUUUUUAUGUUUCUGUUUUUCGGACAGUUUUCUUUCUAUUCAUUCAACCAUUGAAGAUACAUUUUUCGUACAUAACCACUUUUCGUUCGGUGAGAAUAAAAGUUUGUUAUACGGUGAAUUGUCACACAGGAGUCUGAAAUUCUAUCAAUAAUACUCCAGAAGUCUAUCUUUAAAAAAUACCCCCUCCCCUAUAUAUAAAAUAAAGUGUGAAUUUUAUAUAUAGGGGGUGUUGUUUUUAAAAAAUAUAUACUUUUGGGGUGUUAUUGAUAGAAUUUCAGACUCCUGUGAUUGUCACGACGGAAAAGUAAGUUAGAUAAAAUAAAAGUUUCUAUUCAAAUUAGAAAUAUCACAUCAAUGUGUCUUAUUUACUUCUGUCUACUUAUUUAAAUGCAAUGUUUAUUUGCAUGUUUCUUAUGAGGCCUUGUGCGUUACGUUUUUGAUGAAACGGAGCUGUCUUGUUGCAUUUGUUUUGUGUAAAUUACUUCAGCGUGGUGUAUGAUGGUUGCUCUCAACGAACAAAAUCCUAACGAAAGAUGAAUUGCAGAGGCUCGUUUCACAAUAAUGUCUACUCUCUCUCUCUCUCUCUCUCUCUCUCUCUCUGUCUCUCUCUCUCUGUCUCUCUCUCUCUGAAAACAACGUUUUGUAACACCUUUUACGACAGGUUGAAUCUUGCAAUAAUCUGCAUCUGACCUAGCUUAGGGCAAAACUUCCACAUUUUUGUAUCGAACAGUUCCUAGGACUUAUGUAGGACUUAUUACAAAGUUAAAACAAAAGUCUUUGAACCACUUUUACCUAACUUUGUCUCAAGUAGAUCUCGAGAAACAUGACAAUGGAAGUUAUUAGGCCAUAUAGGGCCUUCUUUAAAGCGAUAUUGAUUAUAUGUAUUAUGUUUGUUCGAUUCAUGUCUCAGAGGAACAUAUAAGUAAAUCCAGGCCUACAUGUUAUGCAAACAGCAUUUAGAAAAGCCAAAGUAUUUUGAGCAUUUACAAGUGUCUGCCUAACUGAAGACUGUGUGAUUUCUGUGUUUAAAUCUUCUUUACCUUACAAUGAUAAAAUAUCCGUUUGAAUGUAUUAUCCGAAUAUGAUAACUGUGUCUUUUAUUUGUUAGCACAAGUCAUUGCUCAGUGUAAUAUUUUGCUUGAUGGCGUUAAUUUACAAAUACAUGUAACACCAAAGGACAACUUUUCUGACGGCAAAUAUUACAAAGCACGUGCAUUUUGUUAUAAAUCUUCAAGUGAUGUUUUUCUUCAGCCUGUGUAGAUGUGAACAUAUGGUACUGGAGAAUUCAUAUCCGUCUAUAAACGCUUGUAAGGUAGCUUUGUCAGGGUUCGGAGUAUACUUUUUAUUAAUAUUAAAGAUUUUAUAUACAUUGUUUAAUGAAUUAUGCAGUUUUUUCCCUUUAUAAAUAAUGAAGAAAUUAAAUAGGUUUAUUACUGUUGUUGAAUAGGUAGUGUUAGCCAGUAUGGACAAAAAUAAAUUGUAUUUUAAGUGUUA